UCCGUUUGCUUGGGAAAUCAAUAGCGUGGGGAGGAUGACCUGCCACUAAUCUGCAGCCUCGUUCGUCUUUUCCCGCACGGCAGGCCCCGUUCCUCUUACCGUCGUCCAAUUCAUGACGCUAACUGCCACCGCCGGCGCCGAGUGCGACGCUGCGCUCGGUCACGGCCGAAAUCCGGUAGGAACCACGGCGCCUUUUUUAGCAAAGUUCAGGCGUGCAUUUCCAAGCCAAGAUUGGAUUUGUAUCCACGCCACGCCACUCACCUGACAGCGGAGGCGCCGCUGGCCCCUGCCUCUGCCGGAGGUGCGAACUGCCUCGUCGGCUUCACCACCCGCGCACCACGUGUCCGUGAGGAGCACGCCGCCGCGGCUAUAAAAUGCGGCCACAGUCCCCACUGGCAAGAUCACACUCCCUCUGCUUUCUUCCUCGAUCUCUCUAGCUAGCACACGAAGUUGUUCUCCAGGGUGGCGAUGGCUCGGUGGUGGGUUUGUGGACUCCUCUCGCUCCUGGCGGUGGCCGCGGCCGCCGCCGCUGCGGAGGGGAAUGCGGAGCCGCUGAUUCGGCUGCCGACGCAGAAGGGGCGUGACGCGACUGCAGCUCCUGCCCCUGCCCCGGCGGCGGCGGAGGAGGAGGAAGGGGUCACGAGGUGGGCCGUGCUCGUUGCGGGCUCCAGAGGUUACGGAAACUACCGGCACCAGGCCGAUGUGUGCCACGCCUACCAGAUUCUGAAGAGAGGAGGGGUAAAGGAGGAGAACAUUGUGGUGUUUAUGUACGACGACAUCGCCAAAAACCACCUCAACCCAAGACCUGGGGUCAUCAUCAACAAUCCUAAAGGGAAAGAUGUUUACGCUGGUGUUCCAAAGGACUACACUGGUGACCAGGUCACUACUAAAAACUUCUUUGCAGUUCUCAUGGGCAACAAAACUGCAGUUACUGGAGGGAGUAGGAAGGUGAUAAACAGCAAACCGCAGGAUCACAUCUUCAUCUAUUACUCGGAUCAUGGGGGUCCCGGUGUUCUUGGUAUGCCCAACAUGCCGUACCUUUAUGCUGGCGACUUGAUUAAGGUGUUACGAGAAAAGCAUGCUUCUAAGAGUUAUUCAAAAAUGGUUAUAUAUGUUGAAGCGUGUGAAAGUGGCAGUAUAUUUGAGGGUCUAAUGCCAGAAGAUCUUAAUAUUUAUGUUACAACAGCAGCUAAUGCAAAUGAAGACAGUUAUGGAACAUACUGCCCUGGGACGGAAACACCUCCUCCUCCUGAAUACAGUACCUGUUUAGGUGACGUCUACAGUGUUUCUUGGAUGGAAGAUAGUGAAACUCACAAUCUAAAGAAGGAAACAAUCAAGGAUCAGUACGAGGUGGUUAAAAAUAGAACUUCAGGCUCAGAUAGGGUCAAUAGGGGUUCUCAUGUCAUGGAGUAUGGUGACAAGACAUUCAGGGAUGAGAAGCUUUUCCUUUAUCAAGGUUUUGAUCCUGCAAAUGCCAACAUCAACAACAGGCUGCUUUUGCCUGGCCUGGAGGGUGCAAUCAAUCAGAGAGAUGCCGAUGUUCUUUUCAUGUGGAAGAGGUAUGAGCAGUUAAGUGAAGGAUCAGAAGAGAAGCUGAGGGCUCUCAGGGAAAUCAAAGAAACUGUGCUACACAGGAAGCAUCUCGACAGCAGCAUCGAUUUCAUCGGGAAGCUUCUCUUUGGAUUUGUAAAUGGGCCUUCAAUGCUUGAGGCUCCUAGAAGCUCUGGCCAACCAUUGGUUGAUGACUGGGAUUGUUUGAAGAGGAUGGUGCGGGUCUUCGAAUCCCACUGUGGAUCGCUCACUCAGUAUGGCAUGAAACACAUGAGGGCGUUCGCAAACAUAUGCAACAACGGCGUCUCCGAGGCUGGGAUGAAGGAAGCAAGCAUCAGCGCCUGUGGCGGUUACAACUCGGCGAAGUGGAGCCCACUAGCUCUGGGUCACAGCGCCUGACCCGCGCCGCAGUACAUGGGAGCAACAGCAGAUGCUUCAGAGGUUCCUAGACCUCAUAUGUGUACAUACAUGCCAUUGAUACAAGAAACUACCCCAUAGUUCGUCCCUGAUGUGUGUGUUGGGUUCAUCAGUAGUUUAUGGUCAUGCCUUUGUAAAUCAAGUUUGACUGCAAUCAAAUGAAAGGCGAUGACACAAGUAGUA